CGUGACCGGAGGAGGCGGGCGCUUAGGACCGGCGCCUUCUCCUUGCUUCUUGGGGUCGUGGCCUUGCUCCUGCUGAGCAAGCCCGGUGUCCCGGGCCUCCACUAGCGUGUGUGCGCGGGGGUCCUGACGUGCUCGUGGUUCCACGCUUGGACCCUGCGGGGACCGGAGCAGGAGCCAUGGGCGGGACCGCCAGCACCCGCCGGGUCACCUUCGAGGCUGACGAGAACGAGAACAUCACGGUGGUGAAGGGCAUCCGGCUUUCAGAGAAUGUGAUUGAUCGAAUGAAGGAAUCCUCUCCGUCUGGCUCGAAGUCCCAGCGGUAUUCCAGUGUCUAUGGUGCUUCAGUUUCUGAUGAAGAAUUAAAGAGAAGAGUAGCUGAGGAGCUGGCAUUGGAGCAGGCCAAGAAGGAAUCUGAAGGCCAGAGACGCUUAAAGCAAGGCAGGGACCUAGAAUGGGAGAGGGCUGCAGCCAAUGAGCAGUUAACCAGAGCUAUCCUUCGGGAAAGGAUAUCCAGUGAGGAGGAGCGCUCGAAGGCAAAGCAGCUGGAUAUUGAAGACAAAGCAAGGCAGCUGGAAGAGAAAGACCGAGCAAUAAAGAAACAGGAUGCAUUCUACAAAGAGCAGCUGGCUAGACUGGAGGAGCGGAGCUCAGAGUUCUACAAAGUCACCACUGAGGAGUAUCAGAAAGCUGCUGAGGAGGUAGAGGCCAAGUUCAAGCGGUAUGAGUAUCAUCCUGUCUGUGCAGACCUACAGGCCAAAAUCCUCCAGUGUUACCGCCAGAACACCCAGCAGACCCUCAGCUGCUCUGCUCUGGCCAGCCAGUACAUGCACUGUGUCAACCAUGCCAAACAGAGCACGCUGGAGAAGGGAGGAUAAGUCGCCCUUGAAAACAUGCAAAACUCCUCCAACAUUAAUUCCAGAGGUGGAACAUUUUUUUUUUUUGUCUGAGUAAGAAAAUAACCCAAUUAAAGAGAAGACCACUUAAGACAGGAAAAUGGACUCAACAGAAUCAUAGCAUGAUUUGACCAGCAUCUGUUUGCAAAGCCAAGGCCUAGAUCAGAGCUCAGUCGUCAAAGAACACUGUUGAGUGUUAAUGAAACCCCCUUAAACGAAUAAAAGAGAGGGGCGGCCCACUACGCCGUCUGUGCUGCUUUCUGUCCAGCUUCUACUGACAUAAAAUGUUUUUCUGCUCUGUACUCCAAGCUCUACCACUUGGACACCCUCCACCCUAAAAAAGCCAGGAGAGGGGUGGGAAUAUUAAACUCUUCCAAGUGGAGAACAAGCACAGGGUUGGGGGCAACAGUGCUGGGUAGAAUGGUCUGGGCUGCCUGUUGUUGGUGUUCUCUUCCUUUGAUUAUAUAAGAGCUGUUUCAUUUUUAACUUAUGGUGAUCAUGUAAGUCAGAAAACAGGAGAGAAAAUGUACCUCUUUUACUGGAAUAAUGUUUAUGAUUACAAGAGAAAUAAGGCAUUUUUAUCAAUAUAAAGGCAAUCUUGACUUAUGAAAUCUCUGUAGUGAAUACUGACAAGUUCACUCACUAUCAAUAAUAAAUCUAUUUUCUGACAAAGA